AUGUCUCAGCCCUUUUUGUCAAAGUUCUCUUCCGAAAAUCAAACUUCUCCAAGCGUAGGAAGGACCGCGAGGACCGUAACACCUGAGAAUGAAGUUGUUGCGGGGGCAGUUAGUAAUGGGGCCUGGUGGAUUAGUAGAAGCCGUAGCAGGAACAGGUUCAUAUCAUUGUUGAGGGAAUGUCUUCCGGAAGUGGUUCCUAUUUUAUCGUCAGAGGUGGACGAUAUUUAUUUGUGGAAACCGGGAAAUAAUGCAGAGUCGAGCUCUUUCUCAACAGCUAGUACAUGGGAAGCCCUUCGAACGCAAGGAGAGACAGUGUUUUGGCACAGACAAGUGUGGUUCCAAGGGAGAAUUCCAAAGCAUGCAUUCAUUACUUGGGUGACGGCUAGAGACAGAUUGGGCACUCGGGACAGAAUGAGAAGGUGGGGGCUACAGGUACCUGCGGGUUGCAUCCUUUGUAACGCUGCGGAUGAGUCAAGGCAACACUUGUUCUUUGACUGCUACUUCAGUGCGGAGGUGUGGUCGUUCUUCUGCGCUAGGCUCUCAAUUACUCCUCCUGUGAUAUUUGAGGAUGGGUUAAGAUGGUUGAGUAACCCUUCCUCGGAUGAGUUUUUGAAGUUGAGCAUCAAGCUUGUAUAUCAAGCAGCGAUAUAUAGUAUUUGGAAGGAAAGAAAUGCUAGAGUGCAUAACCAAAGUUUCAGACCAGCUCGGAUUUUGAUUGCUGAGAUCAAGCAAGUAGUUCUAGCGCGUUUGGACCCCUUGUCAAGAGCUCAUAACUCUCGCAGAACAGAUACAACUUUGCUUGGGACUUGGUUGAGGAAACAAAGGACUGAAAGGAAACCAGAGAAGGAAGAACCGGGCAUGAGAGGUGGAUACAUGACGGUGUCGACGGUGAAGGAGGCGAAGGAGGCGGAUAGGAAAGCGGCAGCGGUGGUGUUGGAGAUAACAGAGGAAGAAGAGGAUGCGGCAGAGGUGGUGUUGGAGAUAGAACGAGAGUGA